GUGUGUGUGUGUGUGUGUGUGUGACAGCGUAUUUGCAUGAGUGUAAGUGUAUGUAUGUUGUGUGUAGGUAGACAUUUGUAAGUUUGUGUGCGAGAGAGAGAAGGGGAGAGAAUAAUGGAGGUUACCAUGGCGACCCUGUUGGUGUCUCUGUGGAUAAAGACCUUGUUGAACUGGGUGGUGUUGGUGGUGCAGAAGGGUCAUGUGGGACGAAGCUUUUGGGGCGUGUUCUGCGUGUCGUUGGCGUUGGUCGACGCCCUCCUGCACCUGAGCAUCACCUGCGUGUUCCUGGCGCAGGACGUUCAGGUUUUCGGGCUGCGUCUCACUAAGUACCAGGUGUGUGUUCUGGUGCAGGCGGCGUGUUCCGUCCAAGGGGUUCUGCACUGGCCCGUCUUCAUCCUCUUCGGAUUGGACGUCCUGUGGAGUUCGCGUUGCAACCGGCCCCGUCCCGUGCACACGCUCAUCCAUGCCACCGCCGCGUUCCUGCUGUGGGUUCUGGCCGCGUCGUACGUCCUCUCCAUCCCCGAUUUCCACCCGCUCACCGAAGACCAGGACGAUCACCUCACUCUGCAGCGCUGUCACCUGACUGGCGGGGCUCAGAGCCGGCAGGUGGCCUGGGCGUCGCUGCUGAUGCUGGUGGCUGUUGCCUGUUACACGCGCUCUGUAAGGAGGAUAAACACUGAGCUCCAGAGGGAGCGUGUGUGUCACUUCCUGUCCACCUGGAUCUCCUUCCUGCUCCUGUUGCUCUUCAUCUUGACAUCCAGGACAGAAGUUCCUCCGUACCUGGACAUGAACGCCGUCUGGCUGUGUUUCAUUCACAGUUUGCUCACCGCAGCCACCCUGAGGAGCUGCGCUUGCGUCUUCUGCGCUCACACGCAGGAUGACACGUGGAAGAGUCGCACACGUCUCACACACGUCUGCCUGCUGAACGACAAAUCGAGCUUCAGUGCAGAAAACUUUCACAGCUUCACAUCUGCAGACUCGCCUGAUCACCACGGAGACCGCUGUGGGAGUGUGCAGGAGGGGGUUCGACCACGCACACACACUACAGAUCAGUGUCCUGUGACAUCAUCAUCAUUAUCUUUAUCGACUUUUUCAUUCUGGUGAACUUGAGGAUGUUGCGAUGUUGCUGUUCCUUUCCGGAUUAACUUUGUUGUCACGGAGACGGAGGCGUACGUGAUGUUCCUCAGGACUGGGACGACUUUCACACUCGUGAACUGUGGAUUUUUCUUUGACGAUAAGACGCGGCAGUAAUCGCGGAGGCCGGCAAUAAAAUGUGAAUAAAUGGACUUUGACUCUGUAAAUAUUUAAACUACGCUGCUGUGGUUCAGCUUUUAUGGAUAAGUAACAGCUCUGUGAAUAUUCACACACGUACCAGGCUUUAAUAAAAAAUCAGUUUUAAGGAUGUAAUGAGUCACUCGACUCCAAGAGAAGUCAGAUAGAAGGAAACUUCUAUUUGAUCGUGCUCUUUGACGAGUCGGUGCCGGUGACAUUUACAUCCAGGCUUUCAGCAGACGAUCUGGUCCAGAGCGACUUACAGAAGUGCUUUGAAGUUUCCAUCACUGGGUAGAGACUUAGUCUAGGUUACUAGGUUACUAACUAGAAGUAGCGUCAGUCACACACAGCUGCAGGGUGGUUCGAGUGUUACCCCAACUGAUUCUCGCGUCUGAACACGAGGCGGUGGAAGUCCUUGCGGAGGGUUAGAUCUGUUAAUCGUUAUCUUCACACCUCUCCGUCUCGCCCCACGCCACGCUGUUGUGUUCCGAGCUGCCUCACUUCACUCGGACGAUUUUAUCCCGGGCUUUAGAGAGAUUUCCGUACUUGCUGUAAAAAUGUUUGUUGUUUAUUUUUAUUGUUUAUUUAUACAGUAUAUGUUAAGGAGUCAAGCUGCUGCAGGUUUUACAGACGUACGAAAGGAAUCUGUUUCCUCCCACCAGUCUGUUGCCCCUGAUGACAUAAAUAAAUAUGUUUAUACCCCUAUGACACGCUUAUUAGCCGAUAUUAUUUGUAUUUCACCGAUCAGCGUGGUGUAAGGAAACCAGGCAACCCUCACUUGUGGUGAGCACGAACCACGCGAAAGGCUUUUAGGGCACGAAAGUUUUUUCAGAGCGACCCACUCUUACGCACUGAACGCGAGACUUUCACUCAUCUUCACACGUCCUCCAAACACACUUUUCUCACUCAUCGUUCUUAUUUAAAUGAAUUGUCUGUGGAACAUCCAAGAAUAUCGACGAGUGUACGAAUCUCUUUCUGACGAGUCGGCGAUAAGCGCCUUUUACCCCGAGGCCGAGUCGCUACGUUGUUCCUCUCGUACACAGAGCUGCCAGGCAGGAGGUCUAGAGGAGGACCAGAGAGGAGAUUUAUGGAGGCAGUGAGAGAGGACAUGAAGUUAGAUGGUGUGAGAGAAGAGGAUGUGGAGGAAUUAAAUUUCCUGUAAAAUUUUAUUUAUUGUUUUGUCUAAAGCAUGACUGAUUGCAUUGAAAGAGCAUACGCAGACACACACAGCACUUUGGGAACAGCGGUUAACCUAAUCUGCGUGUCCCAUGGAUUGUGGGAGAAAACUGGAGGAAACCCACAAAGCACAGGGAGAGCAUGCACACUCCACACACACACACACACACACACACACACACACAGGUGGGAAUCGAAUAGGUUAAAUGUAUUACUUAGUAGUGUUAUAACCAGCGGUGGGUAAUAACGACUUACAUUUACGUCUUUAAGUAGUUUUACUGCAGUAUAUUUUUACUUUUAAUUGAGUAAAACCUGAGGAAACAUGUGGCGGUUAGUUUAGCUGUUUUAUUU